AUGAGGACCAGGACGAGCCUCAAGGCCUGCUUCUUCCUCAUGGCCGCCGCCUGUUUGGUCGCAUCAGCUGCAUCCGUGUCGGGACCUGCGUGUAAUAGCACUGCCACUCUCGAAUGCAAAGCGGACGGCGACGAUUCGCCCGAAGCAACCCUUCGACAGGUAGACGAACAUGCGCUGAUGACCAUGUUCUGCGCCACUGGCUGCGACCAUGUCGUCAACCGUGCUGCCUCUCGGCCAUAUGCAACCUACGUCAAGCCCAUCUGCUCCGUUCAAAAGGAUGAGACCAAGAUCGAGUUCAGAAAGUUCAAGCAGAACGGAAAGCGAAGUGCUUCCUCAUCUCAGGACACGAAGCUGGCGGACAGAGACAUUGACGAUCGCACGAUCAAGGCUGCUACCUUGCGAUUCUGCUGUACCGAUCAGGCUGGUCGAGACUAUACUCAAGCAGCAGCAAAGCGGAUCGGGCUCGAGCUGUCCAUCUGCAAGCCGUUGUCAUAG